AUGGCGCAGCACGAAGAAGCGGCCCGGUUUUUGAAGAUGAUCAACGAAGCAGCUGCGAACAAUGCGCGAGGAGAGCGCCUUUUGGAAAGCAUGCGAAAGGAGAAGGCAUUGCUGCGGGCAAAACUGGAUCAAGCUUCUGCCGAGUUUGAGUCAAAGAAGACCGACCGCCGCAAGUCACAGGAAGAGUACAAGACUCUGAGUGCUCAACUCCUAUCGAUUCAAGCCACCGUGUCCACGAAAAAGGAGGAGAAGGACAACCACAGGACACUCCUUACUUCGAAGAUGCAAAUCCUCAACGAGACGCUGAGGCGUCUACACUCUGAAAACACGGAUACAGCAUUGAGGGAGGAGCUCCGAAAGAAGCAGGAACAGCUUGCAGUCCUCGAAGAGAAGGCAAAAGUCUACGAACAGUCUAGUACUGAAAACUUGAAUGAGGACGAUGUGUCGACAACAAAAUCGGAGAUAACGGCCCUCGAACUGGAGAAAAAGGAGACGGAUGCCUACAUCGCGAAUCAUAAGGAAACUUUGUCAGCAAAGAGAGAGCACAACAAGAUUGUCAUCAAGCAAUUGAACGAGGUCAACAAGCAGAAAUUUGAGAAGCAGAAGAAGCUCGAGCAGCUGCAGCACCUCGAACGAGAGUACGCAGAGCUGGAGAAACUUCAAAGAGAUAGCGGAAUUGUUCAAGAAGCAUUCACAGUGGCGCACAAAGACUUCCAGAAGCGGAGCGCUUGUCCGAAAUGUGGAACGAACGCUUACGGCAAUGCCGAAAAGGAUGCUGGGCAAGCAAAUCAGGAAGAAUGA